UCAGAGAAUUUUUCUAUCUUUCUUAAACAACUUCUGAGUUUUAAAUGCAAAAUUUUAAAUAAAUUUUAAAGAAAAAAAAAAUAUAGUGAAACCUUUUUUAGCACACAAAAAUGUCAACUCCUCAACUACAAGCGAAAAUCGAUCAGUGGCUAAAUUGGGAUCGAUGUGAGACGACGCGCAAUGAAAUAGAAAAUUUCGUCCGAUCCAACAAUUGGAAGCAGCUGACGGAAGUACUUAUGAACCGUUUGGAAUUCGGAACCGCCGGCUUGCGAGGACGUAUGCGUGCGGGCUUUAAUGGAAUGAAUGAAUUGGUCGUCGUGCAGGCGGCACAGGGACUCGCUAAAUAUAUACAAACCCUAUUUGGAGGAAGUGAAAGUAGAAAACGCGGCAUAGUCUUUGGCUAUGAUGGUCGACACAAUAGUAAACGUUUUGCUGAACUUUCCGCAAAUAUCUUCGUACGAGCCGGUUUUAGAGUUUUCCUAUUUCGACAGAUGGUACACACACCACUGGUGCCUUUUACCAUAAAACAUUUGAAAUGUUUGGGUGGCGUAAUGGUUACCGCAUCACAUAACCCCAAGGAUGAUAACGGCUAUAAAGUUUAUUGGGAGAAUUCGGCACAAAUUGUGCCACCACAUGAUAAGCUCAUACAUAAUAUGAUACUUGAAAAUCUGGAGCCUUGGCCAGACUCGUUCGACACGAGGGGUCUAUACAUCUGUACUUGUCUGAUGACCGAUCCGAAGGAUGUAAUAAAUGCCUAUGUACAAGGAGUUAAAGCUAUGGUGCCACACAAGUUUGUCAGCUACAAUAAUCAAAGCGAUUUACGCUUUGUCUAUACCGCCAUGCAUGGCGUCGGCUUUACAUAUCUGCAGUGUUUAUUUGAAGCUGUACAAAUUAAACCGGUCCUCUUUGUUAGAGAACAAAAUGAACCAGAUCCGGACUUCCCAACAGUGGAGUUUCCGAAUCCCGAAGAAGGACGCAGCGCCUUGGAUAUGGCAAUCAGUUUGGCGGACAGUGCAAAUGUGAGUUAUAUCAUAUCAAACGAUCCGGACGCAGAUCGCUUCGCCUUGGCCACAAAGAAUGCACAGACGAAAGCUUGGAAGAUAUACAAAGGUAACGAAAUUGGUACACUACUAGGUUGGUGGGCUAUGUUUUUGUACAAAGAUCAAAAUCCGUCUAUUAAUCUUAAAAAUUGUUGGAUGAUUUCAAGUACAGUUAGUUCCAAAAUACUUCAAUCGAUUGGUAGAAAAGAAGGUUUUAAUUUUAUUGAAACAUUGACCGGCUUCAAAUGGAUGGCCAAUGAGGCUGAUAAAUUAAUAAAAAAUGGCAAAACUGUGCUUUUCUCCUUUGAAGAAUCCAUCGGCUUUAUGUUCGGCACACACGUCUUGGACAAAGACGGUGUGAGUGCGGCCUGUCAAAUGGUAACCAUGGCUAAUUAUUUAAAUGCUGCCGAAGGUAUUUCACUUGAUGAGAAGUUGGAAAAUAUUUACAAGGAAUACGGUUUCCAUUACAAUAACGCCUCUUACUAUUUCUGCUACGAGCCAGCGGUGAUCAAUAGAAUCUUCGAACGACUGCGAAAUUUCAGAGGGCAAGCAAAAACAUAUCCUGCCUCGAUUUUGAGCGGAAAGUAUAAAAUCAAGUAUAUACGCGAUUUAACAAAUGGUGUCGAUACUGAGCAGCCGGAUGGGAACGCCAUUUUGCCGGUUAGUGCGAGCAGUCAAAUGAUAACUUUCACUUUUGAGAAUGGACUGGUUAUUACAUUGCGCACAAGUGGCACUGAGCCGAAAAUCAAAUAUUACGCUGAGAUGUGUGCCCAAUCUGGACAAACUGAUUUCGAAGCAUUAGUUAAUACCACUAAUGAAAUGGUAUCGGCUAUUGUUGAAGAGUUUCUCCAGCCAGCGAUAAAUAAGUUAACACCAAAAGCGGACUAAAAAUUGUAAUGGUGUUUAGGAGCCACAAAUUGUUUUCAUAAAUAUAUUUAUAUCUUACUAUGUAUGUACAUAAAUGAUUUCAACCAUAAAAUAUAGAAAAA